AUGACUGAAUUAACAAGUGGUAAUUCAUCUUCAGCUCCAGCAAAUACAUCCUCAUCAGCUGUUGGAUCUUCAUCAAAUACUGCCACUGGAUCACCAACAAAAGGUAAAAAAUCAUCAACAGCGAUCAAGAAAGCUGGCAAGAAAAGUAGUCCAUCAAAUCAUCCAAAAUAUUCAGUUAUGAUUAAACAAGCGCUAGUACAUUUGAAUGAUCGUCAAGGUUCAUCAAAAUCGGCUAUCUUGAAAUAUAUUCAAGCGAAUUAUAAAGUUAAUUCAGUUAAUUCAAAUAAUCACCUUAAGUAUGCGUUGAAAGCUGCCAUUGCAAAUGGCUCUUUAAAACAAACAAAAGGAACUGGCGCUUCGGGUAGUUUUAAACUGGGUAAAACGAAAACGACGAAAAAAGCAGCCUCAACCAAAAAAUCAUCAACAAAUGCCGCUGGAACGCCCAAGAAGCAGAAAUCUUCAACAACAACUAGUGCAACGAAAAAACCAAAAUCAUCAACGUCCUCGACAGGUACAAAGAAACGUUCAGCAUCACCAUCAAAAUCACGUUCAAAAUCUCCAAAGAAAAAGAAAANCUCAACCAAAAAAUCAUCAACAAAUGCCGCUGGAACGCCCAAGAAGCAGAAAUCUUCAACAACAACUAGUGCAACGAAAAAACCAAAAUCAUCAACGUCCUCGACAGGUACAAAGAAACGUUCAGCAUCACCAUCAAAAUCACGUUCAAAAUCUCCAAAGAAAAAGAAAAGAGCUACUGGUACAUCUAAAGCUAAAUCAGUCUCAUCAUCUACAACAACAACAUCUCGUCAAUCAAAACCCAAAACAAUCGCUUCGACAAAAACUGUUGAAAAACCAAAAGCUGCUCCAAAAAAGAAAGCCGUCACAUCGUCUUCAUCAACCAAAUCGAAAUCCUCAACUGCUACGAAAAAAAGUUCACCAAAGAAGAAAUCGACAACGACGAAAAAAGCUUCAUCUCCAGCCGCGAAAAAACUAAAGACAAGCAAAUCUAAAGUAAAAGCUGGAUUUAAAAAAGCAACACGAUAA